GACGGCUGUUCAUGGUGCCCGGAAGUGCUCCUUGUUUUCCAGCUAGUCGGAUAAUGAGGAGGAUAACUUGUUUAAUGCUCAGCUGCUGGGAGAACACUCUAAGCGGUUAAAGACAGCCAUUGUGGACAUGGACAAUUACAGCAAUGCUCGGCCAUGGGGGAAGCUCGUCAAAGUGGACUCAAGUGAAACUAUUCUGCUUUUCACUAAGGAAUGCACAGUCGGCAGAAAAAAAGGGUGCUAUCUGUCGUUUCCAGCCAAUAAACUUGUCUCAGGGGAACACUGCAAGAUAGUGAAAGAUGAACACUCAGGGCGGGUUUGGCUUGAAGACACCAGCACUAACGGCACAGUGAUCAACUCGUCCAAAGUGGUGAAGAAGCAGACUCACGUUCUGCAGAAUGGUGAUGUCAUCUACUUUGUGUACAGGAAGAGUGAACCAGAACACAACAUUGCCUACGUUUACCACUCUUUAACCAUGGAGGAAGCUCUCCCAGAGGACAGUCACAACAUAGAGAGACCAGCCUACAGUGUCUCCCCUGUUCUGACGUCAGAGAUGUCCCUCUCUGUGGAACCUGUAAUGCUCACAAAAGCUCCUCUGGAUCCAUCUCAGGAGGAACCUCAGCCUUCAACCUCAGCCUCCCACUACUGCAUUGAGAACCCCUCAUCUGUUGGCCCCCCUUCAGCUUUUGACAAGGAUGCAGCCUCUGCCGUACAAAAGCACACAGACUACCUGGAGCCAGAAUGCAAAAGGAGAAGAACAGAUGGUCCAGACUCAGAUCUGGGUACAGGAAGCAGUACAGAGACUGCAGGAGCCGCUGAGGGAGGCCUUCUGUCCAAACCGCAUGUGGAAGAGACGAAAACGGACAAAAUGGAGGAGUCCCUGACAUGCGUUAUUUGCCAGGACCUACUGCAUGACUGCAUCAGCUUGCAGCCUUGUAUGCAUGCUUUCUGUGCCGCCUGCUACUCUGGUUGGAUGGAACGCUCCUCGCUGUGUCCCACCUGCCGCUGCCCUGUGGAGAGGAUUUGUAAAAACCACAUCCUAAACAAUCUGGUGGAGGCCUACCUCAUCCAGCAUCCAGAGAAGUGUCGCAGUGAGGAGGACCUGAAAAGCAUGGACAGCCGGAACAAGAUAACUCAGGACAUGUUGCAACCUAAAGUUGAACGUUCCUUCUCUGAUGAGGAGGGCAGUUCAGAUUACCUCUUUGAACUCUCUGACAAUGACAGCGACUCUUCAGACAUUAGUCAGCCUCUUGUGUUGUGCCGGCAGUGCCCGGGCCACAUGAGGGAUAUGGGCCAAGUUCUGUUUGCUUCGGGUUCAAACUUUUGGUUCACUGGUCUGUCAUCUCUGCCACCUGUACUGCCUCCACCUAAACCUGCAUGUGAAGACGGGGCGGCAAAGCCAGCAGGGGAGCAGCCCUCCACGUCCUCUGAUCCGCCCUCGGCUCAUGCGCCGCAGGAUUACUGCUGCCCCCCUCAGGGCUGCCACCUCAUCUGCACCUGCUGCCUUCAGCCGAUGCCGGACAGACGGGCCGAGCUAAACAACCAGCAGCAGGUCGUCACUCAACAAUGUAUGCUGUGCCAGCGGCCGUUCUGUCACAUGUACUGGGGCUGCCAGAGGAUCGGCUGUCAUGGCUGCUUGGCUCCAUUCAGUGAGCUUAAUCUGACUGACAAAUGUCUGGACGGUGUGCUGAACAGCAAUAACUAUGAAUCGGAGGUUCUACGGAACUACCUUUCUGCUAAAGGGAAGACAUGGAAAGAUCUCCUCCAGGAGUCUUUGCAAAGCUUACAGGAGGGAAAGUAUCUGCUGACAGAUUGCCGCAUCUCUGCAAACACAAUCGUCUGCUCCUGCUGCGGUCUGCAUGCCUUCAAAGAGCUGGCCUACAAGUACCGCCAGAGUAUCCCUCGAUCCGAACUGCCAGCUUCUGUCACGUCUCGUCCUGACUGUUACUGGGGGCGCAACUGUCGCACACAGGUCAAGGCGCAUCAUGCAGUGAAAUUCAACCACAUUUGUGAACAGACACGUUUCAAGAGCUGAAGGAGCUGCAUGUGUUGGUUCUUCUCCCAAACUCAAAUGUAUAUAAAUCAUGCACUUGUGAAACACGAUCGUAAUUCAAAUGAUAUAUGCUAUCCUCUGUCUGUUGUAGACAGCUGCCUUAUGCAAUUACCAUAAUGCACAUAUUAA